GUGAACCCCCUCCCAAUGCUUGUGAAUCGGUCCCGCGAGACUAAACUCCCAGCAGGCAGCGCGGGCACGUUCCCGACUGCAGCGCGACUGCAGUGGUGCAUGCCGGGAAGUGGAGUUUUCGUAUCUCAACUGCAUCGAAGCGUUUGUUUGGUCUUGCAGGACUCCUGGUCUUAGAAGCCUAAAGUCUUCAAGAACGAAAUUAGUAACGGGAAUUUCAGUGAUGACUUUUUAUUCCCAUUGAGCUUAUUCCAUUACAAAGUAAUCUCAGAACGAGCAGCUUUCCGUUUCCGGUGGGCUUGUUGCCGUGGUAACCAGCACGCACCACCAGUUUGGCGGUUAUGGCCGGGCUGAGCGGCGCGCAGAUCCCCGAUGGGGAGUUCACUGCCAUCGUGUACCGGCUCAUCCGGGAUUCGCGCUACGCCGAGGCCGUGCAGCUGCUGGGCGGCGAGCUCCAGCGGAGCCCGAGGAGCCGCGCCGGCCUGUCGCUGCUGGGCUACUGCUACUACCGCCUGCAGGAGUUCACGCUGGCGGCCGAGUGCUAUGAGCAGCUGGGCCAGCUGCACCCGGAACUGGAGCAGUACCGUCUGUACCAGGCCCAGGCCCUGUACAAGGCCUGCCUUUAUCCAGAGGCCACCAGGGUCGCCUUCCUCCUCCUGGACAACCCCGCCUACCACAACCGCGUCCUCCGUCUGCAAGCCGCGAUCAAGUACAGCGAGGGCGACCUGCCCGGGGCCAAGAGCCUGGUGGAGCAGCUACUGGGCGGGGAAGGGGGAGAGGACAGUGGGGGCGAGAACGAGCCCGAUGGUCAGGUCAACCUGGGGUGUUUGCUCUACAAGGAGGGACAGUAUGAGGCCGCGUGUUCCAAGUUCUUUUCGGCCCUCCAGGCUUCGGGCUAUCGGCCUGACCUUUCCUACAACCUGGCUUUGGCCUAUUACAGUAGCCGGCACUAUGCCUCGGCUCUAAAGCACAUCGCCGACAUUAUUGAGCGUGGCAUCCGCCAGCACCCGGAGCUAGGUGUGGGCAUGACCACUGAGGGCAUCGAUGUUCGAAGUGUUGGCAACACCUUAGUCCUUCACCAGACUGCCCUGGUGGAAGCCUUCAACCUCAAAGCAGCCAUAGAAUACCAACUGAGAAACUAUGAAGUGGCCCAGGAAACCCUCACUGACAUGCCACCUAGGGCAGAAGAAGAGUUAGACCCUGUGACCCUGCACAACCAAGCGCUAAUGAACAUGGAUGCCAGGCCUACAGAAGGGUUUGAAAAGCUACAGUUUUUGCUCCAACAGAACCCCUUUCCCCCGGAGACCUUUGGCAACCUGCUGCUGCUCUACUGUAAGUAUGAGUAUUUCGACCUGGCAGCAGAUGUCCUGGCCGAGAAUGCCCAUUUGACUUACAAGUUCCUCACACCCUAUCUCUAUGACUUCUUGGAUGCCUUGAUCACCUGCCAGACAGCCCCUGAAGAGGCUUUCAUUAAGCUUGAUGGGCUAGCGGGGAUGCUGACUGAACAGCUCCGGAGACUCACCAAACAAGUACAGGAAGCAAGACACCACAGAGAUGACGAAGCUGUCAAAAAGGCAGUGAAUGAAUAUGAUGACACUCUGGAGAAGUAUAUUCCUGUGUUGAUGGCCCAGGCCAAAAUCUACUGGAACCUUGAGAAUUAUCCAAUGGUGGAAAAGAUCUUCCGCAAAUCUGUGGAAUUCUGUAAUGACCAUGAUGUGUGGAAGUUGAACGUGGCUCAUGUCCUGUUCAUGCAGGAAAACAAAUACAAAGAAGCUAUAGGUUUCUAUGAACCCAUAGUCAAGAAGCAUUAUGACCACAUCCUGAAUGUCAGUGCUGUUGUGCUGGCUAACCUGUGUGUUUCAUAUAUUAUGACAAGUCAGAAUGAAGAAGCUGAGGAGUUGAUGAGGAAGAUUGAAAAGGAGGAAGAGCAGCUCUCCUAUGAUGACCCCGAUAAGAAAAUCUACCACCUCUGCAUUGUGAAUUUGGUGAUAGGCACACUUUAUUGUGCCAAAGGAAAUUAUGACUUUGGUAUUUCUCGGGUGAUCAAAAGCCUGGAGCCUUAUCAUAAGAAACUGGGAACUGAUACCUGGUAUUAUGCCAAAAGAUGCUUCCUGUCCUUAUUAGAAAACAUGUCAAAACACAUGAUCGUGCUUCGUGACAGUGUUAUUCAAGAAUGUGUCCAGUUUCUAGAACAAUGUGAACUUUAUGGCAGGAACAUACCUGCCAUGAUUGAACAACCUCUGGAAGAAGAAAGAAUACAUACUGGAAAGAAUACAGUCACAUAUGAAUCCAGACAGCUAAAAGCUUUGAUUUAUGAGAUUAUUGGGUGGAAUAUAUAGUGAUGUCUGAUAAUGUCUUUUAUCAAAAAAUGGCCUUUAUUUAGAUUUGGUUUCCAGUUUAUCAGUAUUUAUCUUUGGCAUCUUCACAUGUUACACAUUGAGCCUUGAACACUUAAAAUUAUAAUAACAAAUAUUCUGCUGGAGGGACUUUUCCAGUUAAUUAAGAAAAGUAUGGAGCCCAUGUAUAAGCUAGCUCACUUUUGUAUUCCCUCUGCCAGUAGUCACCAGGUUUGCCCUCAAGCAACAAUUGCUAGAGUAACAUCUUUGCAUAAGCAAGUAACCCUCAAUAGCAGUUUAUAUUGUAAUUUUAGGGUGUAGAAAAGGUGGCAAGAGCCAAUGAAUUGUUAAAGUGGGUAUGUUUGCUUUCCUCUGGUGACUGCUAUAUAAAUGAUUGCUAGGCCAUGGCUGGACUUUUUUUCAAUCAGCAAAUAAAGACAGGUCCAUUGUGCCAUCCCAGGAUAGACUGUGCUAUCCAAUAAAACCAAAUCUGACCUUAACUGUAUACUUCCACUCCAUUUUUUUAGUCCUAUAGCCUCUGGGUCUCAACAGAGUCAAAUUGGACCUUGGCCUAAGGUCUUGUAAAAGAACAGGUACUAAAUGGGUGAGAAUUAUUUUCUUGGUUCUUUUCAGGUUACAAGGUUUGGUCUGUGGCUUAAAUUUUCUUCCAUAAUUUGGUUGAUUGGUUGGUCUUAAAUUUUAUACACUAUUUCCCCUUGCUUUCUAUUAUUUAUUUUCCAGGACUGAUUGUGCCUCCUUGUGAAUAGUGACAAACAAUCAAAUGUAAAUCUUUCUAAUGUGUUCAGCAUAGGAAAAAAUAAGCAGUGAACUGACAAUGAAAAGACUAAGGAACACUUCUCUGAGAGCUGGCAGCUGAAGCCACAAGCAGGUCUACCAACCUUUUAGCAGCAAGUGUCAGUUAUUUUAGUGCAAGAGGCAAACGCUUAAGAUAAAAGACACAUCACUAAAAGUUUUCCCAGCACUCGUGGCAACUGCUGUAAAAUGUAUGUCCACAAAGUGUCCACAGACUCUUGAAGAGAUUGUCAAGACUCACCAGGAAAUUACUGGCUGGUUGGUGUUUCUGUCUGUGCUGCAUAAGGUCAGAGGCUAUUAUUAUUCUGUGAAGACUCAACCUCUUGGUCUUAGUUACUCCAAAUUUGACAAAGCCAUGUCCUAGGGUUUAUGCACUUCAUAUAUGGAAAGGAGAAUAUAUAUUCUGAGGAAGAUAAGAUGUUUAGUUCAUCUUUAAGUCAGGAAAUACUAUACUUAUAGCAAGAGAUUAUCACACCCUAACACUGUAAAGCAAAAGAAAGCUUCAGGAAUUAAAUCAUAACAAACACUUUUCCAAAAAAGAUUCUAUAAUAAGCUAAAACCACAUGCCCACAUAUGUUAAGGAGUGCCUCUCUUUGUGUGUUUAUUAGAAAGGCAAAACUUUUUCUAUAUUUAAUACAGCAUUUUUGUUUCCUGGCCUUUUGUUUUUGUACUUAUUCAUUACAUUUAAACUGUUUUGACAACCUGCCAGAAAACAAAGGUGAGCUAUCCAUAAUCUGACGAAGACACUGAAAGUAGUUACUAACCCUUUUCAGAAACUAAGGACAACUAUUUUUCUGACAAUGUAAGAUUUAUAAUGAGAUGAUUGGCAAAAUUGUAAAAUUAUUCUAGAAAUAAUCAUGUGAAAUAUAAAAUGGAAAAUCAUAAAUGGACUCUUCUAUGAUAUUGUAGAUAUGACUUAAUAGAUUUUUUAAAUUAUAAAUUGGGUAUUAUGAUAAAAAUUUGGAAUGCAUCCGCAACAAUGAGCCCAGGGCUCGCAGACCAUAAUAGGUCUUGCCCAAGGUCACAGCCAAAUAGUGGAAAACCAGAAUCUGAAUCCACAGCUACUGGCUCAAUUCCAGUGCUCUUUCUACUUUACCACAUUCCACCUCUUAGGGUUUAUUUUCCAAAUUAUUCUGACACUAUCAAUGCGAAGCAUUUCUUUUUCCAGAGCUAUGACUUUCACUACUUAUGUUGCUGAUUAUUUAAUGGGUGGUAGAAUAAGCUUUUCCCAAAGAACUCUCAGUGAGCACAUUCCAGCGUCAGCCUAAAUUAUGGUUUCCAAAUGUGUGCCACAGGGGACAUGGGUGGGCACCACAUAUUGUUUGCAGCAGGUACAGAUUUAGCUGUGGUACAAUCUGGGUUGGGCACAAAGAUUAUUGACCCACCUGUUGUUUCAUCAGCUCUUUAAAAAGUCACUUUUUAUGAUCCUUCUCCAAGGUAGUGAUUUUCUUCUCUCCAUUAUGGUCUCUAGCCACCAACCACAGUAAAAACAGCUGUCAGAAGGCUUCCCUGCACCUCAAGUGCAAAGGGCUACGUAUGAGGUACUUAUUCAGAAAUCACAGUAAAGGGCCAGCUGCUUCCACAGACAUUUGGUCUAAAUUUAUGGUUCUCAAAUGCUUUGCUGCACAUUAGAGUCACCUGGAACUUUUUACAACUCUCAGUGCCCCCGGCUGCAUCCCAGGAUCUCUAGAGGUAAGACCCAGGUAUCAGUUUUUUCUCAACUUUCAAAAUGCAUCCAAGGUUGAAAAUCCCUGGUCUAAGCCCAUUGUUAUAACUCCCCAUUUCCAUGAUUAAUUUAAGGGUAAGCAUGUGGUCCAGUCUUUACCAAGGCAACAGAAGUCUCUUGAAGAGCUGCUGAGAAAGCUUCCUUCACCUUAAAAAAAAAUGAUACAAGAAGGAUUCUCUCUUCCUCUGGGCAUUGUUAAUCUGAAUCUGCUGCCACUAUCUUAUGACCAUGACAGAAACUAACUUAAGGAUGAAGGGGACUUUGAAGAUAUCAAAGAAAAAGAAAAGAACUGCAGUCCUUGAUUAUAUCUUUGAGCCACUAUGUUAUCUCCCCUAGAACCUGAACUACCUCUGGGUCUCAUAUAGAAUGGAAAAAAUAGAUUAUCUUCUCGUUUAAACUUGUUUGAGUCCGAUUUUUGUUGUUGUCGUUUCUGUUGCCUAAGGGCACUCAGACCAUACUCCCUAUACUUAGGUCAUACAAAUUUGAGUGUUAUUCAGGGGGUGAUGAAUUUUUAUGCUUAUUGCCAACACUUUAGUCAUCCAGUCUUCCCUGAGACCCAACAUCCCUCCUUAGAUUCAAGUGAACGGGAUAAAGUUAGUCAACAUUUGUAAAGAAUUGCCUGAAAACUUGCCUUCAUUAGUAUUAAAUGCUCAUGCAGUCUUUUGAAAAUUGUAGCAGCUACUCAUGAGAUUGGGUGUGCUAUUCUUGGGAGAGCAUUCACUUAGGUAGAAGUAAAUGGAGAAUUACAUUGCUCUACCCAAAUGAGCUGCCCUAAGUCCAAGGCUUGCUCACUGUUUCUUGGCAGAACCACAAGAUAAACACCAAUGCAUAUCGUGACUCAUACAGAAAAUAUAUUCCUCAAUUUUAGAAUUUCCUCCACAUCCAUGUAAGUUGUUUCAGGAAAAGGUCAAUAAUAAUAGAAUAAAAAUGAAAAUGAAAACAAUGGCAGCAUUUAUUCAUAUAUAGUAAACCUAAGUGUUAAAGUGAGGCAACCUAAUCUUUUUUCCAGUGAGAAAUGCUAAUCCAGGUACUGCACUAUUUCAGCUUUGGCCCUUUCCAGUCAUAAACCUCGUUAUAGGAAAAGCUUCAUAAAAAAUAAAUACUUUAGUUUUUUAUAAUCUCCACAGCACAGCAUUCCACCCAUCAGGCUCAACUUAUCCUGAGUUGUUGGCUUACAUCAGUUCUCUAGAAGGAAGACGGAGAAAAUUCAAAUUCAAAUCGGAUGGUCCAUAUCACAUUGGGGGAUUGGGACAGUUGAUUUACUCAUAUAAUCUCUUUAAACAUCUACCAGGAGAGGUUCUCAGACAGAAUUUAUUGCCUCCUCCUGCUAUCUUUGGGCCUACACAGAGCAAGGCAAAAUCCUUCUAUGAAAUCUGAAACUCUAGUCACUGUUUUCCUGGCUGAUGUCAUUUCAAAGGCAUGGUGUAGCCCUGUGAUAGUUGCAGCGGAAAUCUGACUCUCUAUGGGGUUCCCAUCUGUUUGCCAUCAGAAAGAACCUUUUGGGGAGCCACAGUAAAUGCAGAGCACCCAUUCCUCCCUAUGGAUUCUGGAGUCUUAAUGUUUUUAAGAUCAAUUGUUGUUAGGAUUGAAUAGUGCUUAAAUUUUCCCAGAAUAAGAAGGUAUAUAGAAUUACAUUGCUGUAACUUUAGUUUUCAUUUUUGUGGGUUCUCACAGGCUAUUUUGUAUAAAUUUUCUAUAUGAUUCUGAAACUACUUUGCAAAUGUUAACAAAAGGAGAAUUCAGUCACUGAAAUCCAUUCCUUUGGAAGAAGGCUUUUUUUUAUAACUUUAUGUAGUGAAAUCCUUAUAAAACAGCUUACAUUUGAGGCAACUCUUUCUGAGAUCUUUAGGGAUAAAGUUGCCCAAAAAUGUAAAUUAUGUGUCAAAAGGCUAUUUAUUCACUUUUCAAUAAGGGCCAACAGAAACAAUAUAGUAAGUUAAAGCAAAGAAAAUAGAUUACAAUGACAAGAGGUUUCAAUCAAGAUCUUAUACGGAUCACCUUCAAUACAAAUAAUCCACUGUAAAUAACGGGGGGUUCACAAUGGUACCAAGCUAUAACUAGCUGGGAAUUGAGUGUAUUCACUCAGCAAUAAAUGUAUAAUGGUCGCCUUUAUUACUGAAGAAACAAAGCUUGAAUUAAUAACACAGGAAUGUUUAAUAAGGGAAAAGAUUUCAUGAAGAUCAGCCUUUUUCUCAUCUUCCUUCUCCCCUACAGGUAUUACAGCUUUCGCAGUGCCCGAAACAAAAACAGACUCUCCAUUAUAUUCCUCAAGGAAUAAUUUAUUAAAUGUGUUUUUAUAAAUUGGA